GCCCUUACAUCAAAACCCCUAAAACCCACGUUUCUCUACUCCAUCACUCUGCAACACAACACAUUUCUCCGCAAAAACCCACCUUCAUACACUUUCAACCAAAACCCAUCUCUCUCUCUCUCUCUCUCUCUCUCUCUCUCUCUCUCUAUGUUUUUUGUAUAGGAGCUGAGACAUGAAAGCUUUGAGAGCUCUAAGAACCAUCACAACAACCCUUUCUCCAAAACCCCACAAAACCCCUCUCAACCCAACCUUCCUUCACCACUUCUACUCAGCACAGCCUCAAGAAGAAGACCCAUCACACAACCUCAACUCCUCAGACUCUGAAAAUGGCUCUGACUCAGUCUUUGACAGUACCCAUUACACAAUACCAGGUCUUGGUUCUGAAACCAAUGCUCAAGCCCCUCAGCAACCCACUUGGGAUGAGAAAUACAGAGAAAAAGCUGAUGGCUUGAUCUUUGGGAAAGAUACCCAGAAGAGGAAAUUGAAGAUUUUGGAGGAAGAGGAAGAGAGGAGGAGGAGAGUGCUUGCUAAAGCUCUGCUCGAGGCAGCGUUGGAGGCGGCCGACGAUGAGGAUGAGGAGGAGGAGGAGGAGGUGGUGGUGAAGGAGGAGGACCAGAAGUCAUUGUCUGUUGGGAUAAUUGGUGCCCCAAAUGCUGGCAAGUCUGCACUCACUAAUUACAUGGUUGGGACAAAGGUUGCUGCUGUUUCUCGGAAGACCAACACUACAACUCAUGAAGUGUUAGGAGUGAUGACAAAAGAAAAUACCCAAAUUUGUUUCUUUGAUACCCCAGGACUCAUGUUAGAUAAAAGUGGAUAUAUUCACAAAGAUAUGAAGGUUCGUGUGGAAAGUGCUUGGAGUUCUGUCAACCUCUAUGAUGUGCUCAUUGUUAUUUUUGACGUUGAUAGGCAUCUUACCAGGCCCGAUCAAAGGGUGAUAAAAUUGAUUCAACAUAUGGGAUCACAACCACACCCAAAACAAAAACGCAUCUUAUGUAUUAAUAAGGUUGAUUUAGUUAAAAAAAAGAAAGAUCUGCUAAAGGCGGCUAAGCAAUUUGAAGAUCUUCCUGGAUUUGAAAGGUAUUUCAUGAUCUCAGGACUGAAGGGCUAUGGAGUAAAAGAUCUUACUCAAUAUUUGAUGGAGCAGGCAGUUAAAAGACCGUGGGAUGAAGAUCCAUUUAUCUUAAGUGAAGAAGUUAUGAAGAACAUAUCAUUAGAAGUUGUCCGUGAAAGGCUGUUGGACCAUGUUCAUCAGGAAAUUCCGUAUCAAAUUGAACAUCGUUUAAUGGACUGGAAGGAAUUACGUGAUGGUUCUCUAAGGAUUGAGCAGCACUUAAUUACCCACAAGCUAAGCCAGCGUAAGAUUCUUGUGGGAAAGAAUGGCUCUAAAAUAGGGAGAAUAGGCAUUGAAGCUAAUGAAGAGCUAAGGUCCAUCUUCAAGAGGGAAGUGCAUCUCAUCCUUCAGGUUAGACUAAAAUGAUGUGUUCAACAAGUUUUAUCGAAUAUCAGGAAUUGCACUCCCCAGCACCAUCUGGAAUUGUAUAUAGAAAGGCUUGUCAAUUGCACUUGCACGGGAAUCUUCCCAGGGACUUAACCUUACAAAGGCAAUGUGGAGCUGAGCUUCAAAGUGGCAAGUGAUUCAUCAGAUGUUAGGGGACUGGGGCUCAGGAGACUCCGUCUUUGCCAAGGAGAUUUCCCAUUAUUCCGCUUUUAGUUUGCUAAUCUUGCAAAAUUUUGAGAAAAUAUAUGUUUUCUACUCUUUUUGGUAUGAAUUCUUUCUUUUGUAUUUAUGUACCAUUGUAUGAAUCCUUAAUAAGGUCUAUUCAAUUAUAAUUUAUACAUCA